AUGAGAGGAUCCUUAGGGUCCCUUCCAGCCCGAACCAUCCCACGACGCUGUGAUUCCGUGGAAGUUUACCCACGUGCCAACCCCAUCCCCACGUUUCGGGAAUCCCUCUGCGCAGAGCCCGCGGACGAGCUCCGGCCCCCCCCCGCCCAGCGCCUCAACCGCUCCCGGGAGCUGCUGCAAGCCGCCAACGCCGCCCCGCUGCGGCUGAAGGAAUCCAACAGCCUGGGAUUUGAGUGCACCCUUGAGGAGGUGGAUCUGCAGGACAUCACUGAGAACCACAUGAACACCCUCAGAGCCUGCACAGCUGAGGAGCCAGGGCCUGGAAAUUGCCCAACCCUGGAAAAAUCAGCUUUGGAUGAGGGAAAAUGCCUGCAGGGCAUCUCUGAGGACGUGAGAGCCUACAGGGCCCAGCUGAGGACCCUGCCCGACCCCCAGCUGCUGGCAGCUCUCGAUGGGAUGAUGGAGCAGCACCGGGCGGGUUCCGGAGGCACCACUGGGAUCACCGGGAUUGGGAUCGUUGGGAUUGGGAUCAUCGGCAUCGGGAUCGUUGGGAUUGGGAUCAUCGGCAUCGGGAUCGUUGGGAUCAUCGGGACUGGGAUCAUCGGCAUCAUCGGCAUCGGGAUCGUUGGGAUUGGGAUCAUCGGCAUCAUCGACAUCAUCGGAUCAUCAGGACUGGGAUCACUGGGAUCGCCAGGAGUGGGACGGGCGGCGUUCCCGGAGCGGCUGCGGCUCUGCGGGGUCCUGCAGGCUCUGCGCGUCCGCAGCGUCACCAUCUGCAGGGUGCUGAGCUUCCUCAGCUCCCCCUGACCCCGGGGAACACCCACUGAGCACCCCGCGGAAUGCCCACAACUUGUUUUUAGGGAGUAGUGCCUUUUAAGCCGUGUUGAAUUCCCGGGGUUUUGGGAUCUAAGCGGCGUUCCUGACUCUGAUUUAUCCCGAUUUAUUCUGCUGAUUCCUCAGGAACUGAGAGCUGUGUAUGGCAAUUCCUUUUCUUGGGGAUCCCUUCCAGCUCAGGACAUGCUAUUCCAUGAUUUAUUUGGGAUGAUAUUCCAUUCUGUUCCCUAAUUUAUUUAUUUGGGAUGAUAUUCCA